GGGAGUUCCCACGUGUUGUAACACUAGGAAAUCCUGUUUGGCAGCUUGCUCAAUGCAUAACCGACAAAGGUGAAGUAUGUGGUCUGGUUGCAAAACCCCACAAGUGGAGACUAAAACAGAGCUAUCACUCUGAAAACGGUUGACAGCCCACAUAAAAGACAAAACUUCAACAUAGUGCUGCUCAGGAUAUGGUGCACUAUGCCUACCUGGGACAGGCAAACAUGUCAGAGAAAAACUGUAUCUGCAUGUGCUGCUACUUCUCUUGUUGUUUUGGUGGGACUGCUGAUGUUUGUUAUCACAUAUCUGACACUAAGAUGGCAGGAUGUUAUUAAAGAGCAUUCAAUGCAAGAUCUGACACAUGACCUGAAUGACGACAUGUAUGACGAAUGCAGAUCCAAAGCUACAGUUGUGACUGAUGAAGCCAUGAUGCAGGAAUGGGACACCAGUAUAAACUUUAGUCAACCUUGGGGCAACGCAGAGAAAAAAGCUAGAGAGUCUGCACACAAGUACAUGGAGAAACACCAUUCGGUGGCCUUAUACCUGUACACAAAUAAUAUGCUGCAGCCUGUCAAGCAAAACAUUGAGAAUUCAGAAAGAGGUAGAAAACAAACAAAAAAGACAUUUGAGCCCCACUCCCUUUACCUUUUUCUUAGCGAAGCCAUUCAGAUUCUGAAGCACAGUCAAAUGACAUGUCUUCAGACAAAUUACAGAACAGAGACACUUUUACAUCUAAACAUCUCUAACAAACUGAUUCGGUUCCACACCUUCACAUUAGGUUCUGACGGUUGGAACUUUACAAGAAAUGCUACAUGUUUUGAAGUAUACACAUGUUUUGGUGCUGACAUAACACUUUAUUCAGCCCUGAAACUAAACCGACAGGUGCUGAUUCCUCCCUAUGAGGUUUUCAAAGUCACAGACACAGAGACAAACGCACAGAGGUGUAAAGUCGUCUUCAGGCUGAAGAGCAACCUGAACUGCGUUUAUGAUAGAGAAAGCAACACGUUGCAUCCAAUAUCUGCAUUACCAGUGGAUGGAUUUUGGCUAAUUUUUGCCAUCACUUGUAUGAUUAUUGUAUCUCUUUUGUUACCCUUUGUCAUUGUGAAGGUUUUAGAAAACCAUAAGAAAACUGCUGUUUACAGUGUCUCAACUUUGCGUGACAGCGCUUACUACCCGCCAAGAGUUAUCUUUUAAAAUCAAUUUUUCAUUUUAAAUGAAGAUGGUCCUAUGAGGAAUUGGCAGCAAUCCAGUGAGGCCACAAGUAAGUGGCAAGUAAGACAAGUGUUUUAAAACUUUAUGCAUUGAAAACAAGGACGAUAUGGUUAUAGCGCUUUUUCCCCUAAUAUAUUGUAUUCUUCCAUUGUAUACAUUUAGGAAGCUUUCAUAAUUGUAAUUAUUAUUAUUAUGUAAUAAUUACAACUGAUGUUUUUCCAUAUUCAGACUUACUUGUCAUGCUGUAAUAAAGUGCUCUGUUACUCCACUCAUAACGGCUGCAGGGUUCAAGCCUGUUGCAACUCACAUAGCAGCAAUUUUGGGUGCAGUCUGAGGAAUGAA